AUGGGCAGCGGGCGAUCGAAGCAGUAUCAAACCACCACCGCCGCCACUCAAAGCUCAACAAGCAUGGCGGACGCGAAAUCGAUGGUCGCCGAAUUCUCAAAGGGCUUGCCGAUGACCCGGGACCUCACGGACGCAAAGGAGACCAUGCGUGUCCUGGAGAUCGCAAGCGAGAUUAUCAAGUCCGGCCACCCGAUUCAGCAGUUUAAAGAUGCAUGCUUCGGCGAUGCAGAGGGGAAGAAUGCGGGGCCUUCCGUGGUCGUGUCCGCCGUGGGCAGCGCAGAGAGCAAGAUGAAGAUGAAGACCUGCGGGCCCUUCCACAUGAUCUGCAUCUACGCGAUGUACGGCGAGCAGAACCGAAUCCAGACGAAGGAGGGCCACAAGAAUGGCCAGGACUUCAUCAGGAUGAAAGCGAAACAGCUCGAGUGGCUGUUCGAGGGUGAGACGGACAAGACCUGGGAGAUCUACGCCGUGGACGAUGGCUGCCCAAAUGACUCCAAAGGUCUGGCACGGGCGAUUAUCGAGAAGGACGGGCUGAAGAACAUCACGGUCUUGGAUUUGGAGGAUGCAGUGAAGGAAGGCAUCGCCUACUUCACGGAUCGCGGUCUUAAAGCCGGCUGCAAGGAAUCACGAAAAGGAGGUGCCAUCUUGUAUGGUUUGUACACGGCAUCCAAGAAGCAAGACGAGAAGGUGCCCCAGUUGGUGAUGUACACGGACUCAGAUUUGUCCACGGACAUGAGCCUUUGUGGCCUCCUGGCCUCUGGCAUCCUAGACGGCCAUGCCAUGAGCAUGGGUGCACGCUACGGCAUGCCGGAGACCUUCCUUGUGAAGCCCCCAGACUAUGGCGCCUCAGGCCACCCUUUGUCGCACUUCGAGCAGCCUAACAUGAUGAAGAUCGCUUUCCGCCAUUACACCCGCAAGCGCCUCUUGCCCAUGCUGGCGAGCAUCUACGACACGCAGUGUGCCUUCAAGUGCUUCCAUACCAAGGACGUCAUGCCCGUCAUCGAGCAGGUGAAGUCCAUGGGCGCGGACUUCGACAUGGAGCUCCUGCUCUGCGCCUUGACCUAUUUCAAGACGCAGGGAAGGGAAAAGAUGUGCCACGUCUCGCCCACGCUCUUCACUGAGGAUUUUGCCGAGUCCAACUUCAUGGCAUCCUCCGAGGAUCCGGACAAGCCCUUCAAGACCUAUGCCGCGAUGACCACGGGCCUUGCCGACAUGCACGAGCGAUACAUCCCCGCAGAGUCGCCAGAGGCAGAGGCAGCCAAGGACUUCAAAGAGUUCUGCCGUGGUCUCACUUGGGAGAUGUACAAGAACAUGAUCGUGAAGCUGGAGAAAGACCUCGGCCCGACUUUGUUUGACUACGAUUUCACUUUGGACCAGCUUAAGGCAGCGUCUGCGGCUUGA